GGUGCAUUCUUUGAAGUUUACCUCGUGAAAAAUUCAUGAUUUAAGUUUCACUUCCUUCAAAUCUCAUGCCCUCCUCUUUAUUCCCUCUACUAUCAUCACUCGUCACUCCUGCACACCAUAACCAAAUUUCUUCGAGCAACAUAAUCAGGUUUGUUAUUGCCCAAAAUCUCACCUUUUAGAUCUGCCAUCAUUUCGUAUAGUUCAAUCGAACACUCACAAUUCUUACGCAACAAAAACUCAUACUAUCAGAAUCGUAAUUCAACGGCGAAUCUGAAUUGAUCAAAAUCAUUGGUAGCUGAAGUCAUCGUCGUCGAAGUCCUUUGGACAUGAGUACUCCAGCACUUUCUGGAGGCGGGGGAUUGUUUACAGGUUUUACAAAGCUGUGCAAGGGGCUUGCUGUGGUGCUUGUUGUUGCUCACAUUGUAGUUCAGCUUUUCCCGCCUGCCGUCACGUAUCUCGCUCUUAUUCCUGCAAGGACAAUUCCUUUCGCGUGGAAUCUCUUAACAGCUGGUUACGUCGAACAGACAAUAUAUGGGGUGGUUAUUAGUACAUUUGCUCUGCUUUUUAUUGGAAAGAUUCUUGAGCCCAUCUGGGGUUCUAAGGAAUUUGUGAAGUUCAUCUUUAUUGUCAACUUUCUUACGUAUGUCUGUGUCUUCAUCACGGCAAUUGCCUUUUACUAUGCAACAAGGCUGGAAAUCUACCUCUAUAUGCCAAUCUCCGGCUUCCAUGGAGUGCUUUCAGGAUUUUUGGUCGGUAUCAAGCAAAUUGUCCCGGAUCAGGAGCUUUCUUUGUUUGGCAUUGCAAAAGUUAAAGCCAAGUGGCUACCAUCUAUAAUGAUUCUUCUGUCGGUCACUGCAAGCUUUUUCUUGGCAGAUUCAGUAGCAUACCUUCCCAUGUUAAUCUUUGGUACAUAUAUGAGUUGGAUCUACCUAAGAUACUUGCAGAGAAGACAAGAAACCAACUUCAGGGGAGAUCCAAGUGAUGAGUUUGCAUUUGCAUCUUUCUUCCCAGAUUUUUUGAGACCUGUGAUUAGUCCUAUUUCAUCAAUUUUCCAUCGGAUGUUCUGUGGAAGAUCUGAAGCUUUUAAUGAAGACCAGGGUUAUGGCCUGGGAGGGAUCCCACUUCCAGGCUCUGAUUCAAUCGAGGCUUCAAGACGAAGAGAAAGAGGUGCUCGAGCAUUAGAGGAAAGGUUAGCAACGGAGAGGUUGGCUACUGUAAAAAGUGCAGAUGGAUCACAUAUAGAUGCCUCUGAGGAAGUCUGAAUUUGAUUUAUGCUAUAGAGCUUCACCUGCUGUUAAGUAAAGUGAGUCCAUUACUCCUUUCAGGAACCAGCUAAAUGAUUGUAGAAUGUAUUGUGGAGGUGGAUCCUUACUUUUGGAGGAGGAAAUUUUGGAAUUUGUUUGAUCCUUGAACGAUAAACUUCAUGACCUUUCUGGUUUUCUUGGUUGAAUCUUUUUAUAGAAAUACUUGUUAAUAUUAAAA